AUGGCUUGGUUUCCGUUCCGCAGCUUUAAGCGACUUGAAGGACACCCGGUGUCGUGUUCAGACUCUGUCCUGUCGACCUGGUUGAGUCGGGUGUGGCUGCUGCCGGCGUCUGCCCCGCGCGCCGCUGGCCUGGUCCCGGUGUCGGGGGACGUCCUCCUGACCGCACCUGUGACAUCCUGUUCCUUUCCCUUCCUAGUUCCUUACAUCUCCUCCUCCCGGAAACGUGACAGCAUUAAAGAUGACUCGGAGGACCUCAAGCCCGUCAUCGACGGGAUGGACGGCAUCAAGAUUUCUCAGGGGCUGGGGCUGCAGGACUUCGACCUCAUCAGGGUCAUCGGGCGCGGGAGCUACGCCAAGGUCCUCCUGGUGCGGCUCAAGAAGAACGACCAGAUCUACGCCAUGAAGGUGGUGAAGAAGGAGCUGGUGCACGACGACGAGGACAUCGACUGGGUGCAGACGGAGAAGCACGUGUUCGAGCAGGCGUCCAGCAACCCCUUCCUGGUCGGCCUGCACUCCUGCUUCCAGACGACCAGCAGCCUGUCCCCACAGGAAGGCCUGGGCCCCGGUGACACCACGAGCACGUUCUGCGGGACCCCCAAUUACAUCGCCCCGGAAAUCCUGCGUGGAGAGGAGUACGGGUUCAGCGUGGACUGGUGGGCGCUGGGCGUCCUGAUGUUCGAGAUGAUGGCCGGGCGCUCCCCCUUCGACAUCAUCACCGACAACCCCGACAUGAACACGGAGGACUACCUGUUCCAAGGUGAGAGAGGCCGGAGGGUCCCCGUUCUCAGACCUGGCGGGGCGGGGGCGGGGGCUGCCCCUUCCAGCCACCCUAGGGCUCCCUGCUACCCAGGGCACCUGCCCCUGCGCCCCGGCCUUGUUGUCCCCGCAGCGCCCUCUGGCGGCCGAGUGCAGAAGGGCCUGGGGACACUGCUCGCGUGUCCCCAGCUGGAGAAGAAGCAGGCGCUGCCGCCCUUCCAGCCGCAGAUCACCGACGACUACGGCCUGGACAACUUCGACACGCAGUUCACCAGCUAGCCCGUGCAGCUGACCCCCGACGACGAGGACGUCAUAAAGAGGAUCGACCAGUCCGAGUUCAAGGGGUUCGAGUACAUCAACCGGCUACUGCUCUCCACCGAGGAGUCCCUGUGAGGCAUCCGGGCCGUGGACACGCCUGUGAAUGACCCGCGCCUUCGCCGCCGCGCAUGCAUGC